UCGUGGUAACAGGGGUCGGUUAUCGGUAGGUGGAAAACUGCUGAUCGUUCAGGACCAACAGGGAAUGUGAGCAGUUGAAGGAAGACAACGCGUGCAGGUGUGCGGAGAUACAUUUUACUUAUUUAUUAAGUCGGAGUUAGAAAAAGCGAGGGCUUGGAGGCAAAGCGAGGCUUGGAGAAACACCAACACAUCUGAAGCACGUUCCGCGCCCCCUGAAAGAGAUGGAGUGCCCAGAGGGUUUUAACCAGCUGGAACUGCUGCAGACGCACGGGCACCUGAUCCCCAUGGCGACGAGCAGCGCGUGGAGUGAUGGAGAGGAGGAUGCGGAGGAGGAGAGCGAGCGCUCGGAGGAGUGGUACCAGCAGGAGGAGGCGCGGCUACAGCACACACACACUCCUGCAGAGCUGCUGCUGUGGGCCGCCGAGAACAACCGGCUGGCUACAGUGCAGCGGAUGCUGGCAUCAGACUCUUCUCUGAUUGGUUGCUGUGACUCAGAUGGGUACACCCCCCUUCACCGGGCAGCCUAUGGUGGGCAUGUGGGUGUGGCCUGUGCCCUGAUUGACGCAGGGGCGGGGCUUGAGGCGAGGACAGCAGAUGAUUGGACGCCACUCCACUGCGCAUGCCGCUGGGACAAUGUGGCCGUGGCCUCCUGUCUGCUGCGCUGUGGCGCGUCCGUGAACAGCCAAUCACGCGGCGGCCUGACCCCACUACACCUGGCCGCCGGAACCCCAGGCAGUGGGCGGAGCCUGGAGCUGCUGCUGAUGCAGCGCCACCUGCUGUCAGAAACGCGCAACUGCAGCGGCGACACAGCAGAAGAGAUAUCGCACCGUACCAGCAAACACCACACACUCUUUCAGAUCACACACACACACAAUAACACACACACACCCUAAUACACACACAUAUGCACCAGCAAACACCACACACUCUUUCAGAUCACACACACACACAAUAACACACACACACCCUAAUACACACACAUAUGCACCAGCAAACACCACACACUCUUUCAGAUCACACACACACACAAUAACACACACACACCCUAAUACACACACAUAUGCACCAUCAAACACCACACACUCUUUCAGAUCACACACACACACAUGCACCAUCAAACACCACACACUCUUUCAGAUCACACACACACACACAAUAACACACACACCCUGAUACACACACAUAUGCACCAUCAAACACCACACAAUCUUUCAGAUCACACACACACAGCAGCAAACACCACACACUCUUUCAGAUCACACACACACCCUAACACACAUGCAUACACUAUUCGCUCACCUACCUUGACUCACAUAUGAACUGCGAUCACAUCCCAUCCUUAAUCCUUAAUCCAUAGGGUUUCAUAUAACAUUGGUUUAUGAUGACGUUGGACCACUCUUUGCAGCUAUAACAGCUUCAACUCUUCUGUGAAGACUUUCCACAAGGAUUAGGAGUGUGUUUCUGGGAAUUUUCAACCAUUCUUUCAGAAGUGCAUUCGUGAAGUCACACAUUGAUGUUGGACGAGGACAAAAUAUCUUGGAUAAUGCUGAAGCAUUCAGAGUUCCUUUCACUGGAACUAAGGGGCCAAGGCCAGCCCAGGGAUGACCACUUCCUGUUCCAACAUGACUGCAGUGCACAAAGCACGGUCACAGGGUUGCUGCUUCCUGUGUGUCUGUCAUUGGUCAUUAAAUUGAGUUUUCACUGAUGCACCCGGUGU